UAUUCAGAUUAGUACGAUACUCGAAAUCUUCUGCUGUCAAAUUAAAAUUUUUACUUUUAAUUUCAACAUUCAAUUCUGUCCAAAAAUUUAUUAUAAUAGUAUAAUGGAAACGAACUUUAGUAUACCAGAAAAUUUUAAAGCACGUUCGUCAGAUGAAUGUGCUUUGGUGAACAACAAAACAACGGUAGUGUUUAAGAAUUUGUAUGAAGGAAUCCCGGAUACACUACUGUUAAAUUUUAUAUCAUGGAUGUUAUUAAUAUUCCUAUUUACAAUAAUGCGACAUCAAGCUUGGGAUUAUGGUCGAUUGGCUUUAGUUAAUGGUAACGGAAGUAAAAAGCGUUGGACACAACUUUUUUAUGCUAAAGCUAAUGAAGAUUCAACGAUGUUGAAUUCUCCUUCAUCCCCAGUUGCUCCUAAUCCUCAAUUACCUCAAUCAAAUGUCAAUCAUACUAGCGACCAAGGUAUGUUUUCUUGGGUUAUUACAACUCUAAAAUUGAAAAAAGAUCAAAUAUUAAUGCAUAGUGGACCGGAUGCCGUGCACUAUUUAUCGUUUCAGCAACAUUUAAUAGUUGUAAUGGGUAUUAUAACUGUUAUAUCAAUUGUAAUAGUUUUGCCAAUAAAUUUUCAAGGCACAAUAUAUGGGGACGUUAAUAGUUUUGGCCACACUACAUUGUCAAACUUGGAUCCAAAAUCACCAUGGCUAUGGUUUCAUGUUAUUAUCGCUAUCGCAUAUGUUCCUUUAGUUGUAUUAAUAAUGAGAAGAACUUCAGGUCGCAAUGCCUUUAAAAAAGUUCCAACACGUAGUAUAAUGAUAACAAAUAUAACAGUAAACGAAGAUAGAGAUAAAAAUGUUAUUCGAGGCUAUCUACAGGAAUUAUUCCCUGAUGUAACAAUUAAAGAUAUUCAAUUGGCUUAUAAUAUUAACAAAUUAGCUGUUAAAAAUGAAGAAUAUGAGAAAGCAGUUGAAGCUCGCAUAUACUGUGAAAAUAAUAGAAAUCGUAAGAAAAUAUAUGUGAAACCUGAAUUCUGUUCUUGCAACAAAGUUGAUGCAUAUGAAUACUAUCGGGAAGAAGAAACAAAGCUUGCUGGAGAAGUAGCAAGACUAAGAGCAUCAGCAUUAAAUCAUCCAUUGGGUGUUGCUUUUGUUACAGUUUCAACCGUUGCCGAAGCUCAAAGUAUUAUAUCUCAUCGUCCAGUUGCCCAUAAAAAUUGGAAAAUAACGGUAGCACCGGCACCUUCUGACAUUUUUUGGGAAAAUUUAAAUGUUUCUCCAAGUAAAUGGUAUUUUAAAUGGUGCGUGGUGAAUAUUUGCCUAUUUUUGGUGCUCUUUUUUUUAACAACUCCUGCAAUUGUUGUCAAUACAUUAAACACAUUUUCUUUUACAAAAGACACCACAGACAAAAUAUCUCGUUUUAGUCCGCUUAUAUCCGAAUUUUUGCCAACUCUGAUGCUGUUAACAUUAUCAACAAUGAUGCCGGUUCUUGUUGCUUUUUCAGAAACUUGGCUUUACCACUGGACGAGGUCCUUAAAAAAUUAUGCUGUAAUGACUAAAACUUUUGGUUAUUUGCUUUUUAUGAUCCUCAUUUUACCUUCUCUUGGGUUGACAAGUGCACAGGCAUUUGUUGAAUGGACAAUCAAUAGUGCAGUAAAUAAUAAAACGAAUUAUAGAUGGAAAUGUAUAUUUUUGCCGGAUAAAGGAGCGUUUUUUGUCAAUUAUAUUAUUACCGCAGCUUUCAUCGGUACAGCUUUAGAGUUAAUUCGAUUCCCAGAAUUAAUAAUGUAUACAUGGAAAAUGGUAACUUCCAAAUCUGAGGCUGAAACUCCUUAUGUUCGAAAAUCCAUUUUAAUUGAGUAUCCAUUCGGUGUUCAUUAUGCCUGGACAAUUUUGGUUUUUACAAUGUGUACGGUAUAUAGUUUGGCAAUUCCAUUGAUUAUGCCGUUUGGAAUGCUAUAUUUGGUCUUUAAGCAUUUUGCUGAUCGGCAUAAUUUAUAUUUCGCGUAUGGCCCCAGCAAUAUGAUAAGCAAAAGUGGUGGUAAAAUUCACUCAACUGCAGUAACCAUGACAAAAUUUUCUAUAGUCGUAUUGAUGGUCAUUCUGACGGCUUUUAUAGCAGUACGUGCCGGAGAAAUUGAUGCAAAAGCUAUUAUAUUAAUUAUUGCUUUAUGUAUAACAUUGACAUUGUUUACAUUUAUGUCACCUAUUAAAAGGUGUACUAUGAGAAAACCGUCUAUAGCCGAAAAUAUAGGACCAUCUCCUCCAUAUAUAGCAAACGUUUUGAUAAAUAAACAGGCUUCUACAAAUGAAAGUCCUGCGUUUUCUGGAUAUGGUUCAGAUCGUAUCGAAGAUCAUGAAAGCUUAAAUAGCGAAAAUCGGAAUAAUGGUAGCAUUAAGGACAUUGAUAUCUAAAACUUGAAAGAAAUAUUUUUCGCUUUUACUAAUUAAGGAGGAAAAAGCAUAUUUUAGUUAAAUAGUAAUCAAUAAGAAAAAAUUAAAUAUGAUGUUAUAUUUUUUGUAACUUUUAAUAUUUUAAAUGCAAAGGAAGAAUAUAUAUAUUCCAGAUGUUAAUUAUAAUAAUAUUGCCUUCACGAAAACAAAAAAUUAAUGUAAUAAAGCAGAAAAUUAUAUUGUUAAUCUUAUUUCUACCUCUAAAAAAUUAAGAAAAUUUACCUUUAUUGUAAUUGUCAUAAGUUUUAAAUCAUGCGAUAUUAUUAUUUUUUUUAAUUGUAAUUAUUUUCCUAAUUUUGGCGAUUGUGUAUUGUUCAAUAGAAAAAAUAUUUUAAUAGAAAGUUUUUCACACAAAAUUUUCACUUAAGAUCGAAACGAAAUGAAUUUAGUAUGUGAUUGUAUGUAUAAAUUCUUAUAUUAUAUAUUUGAUUUAUGAAAUUUUAGCUGUAACUUAGUUUUUACCUUAUUUAUUCAAAAUUAUUAAAACAAUUACCUAAAUAAAAUAUUUACAUAAAGAAAUUCGGAAUGUAGCUAUAAUAAUACCUCAAAUAAAUACUUAUAAAUACUAAAAAUAAAUAAGUAUUUGAAUGAAAGAUUAGGUAUUUUUGUAUUAUAAUUUGUCAUCACUAUUCAUAAAAUAUUGCGUUUACUGCCAAGUCGAAAAAUUAAGUAAUAAAUAAAAAAAAUUUUCAUAUUAAAGCAAAAUAAAUAACUUUUAAGUGAAACAAGGUUAAAUUUCCAGUGCAAUUUUUUAAAAGAAAACUUCUAUGACUACUCAAGCUAUUAAUUUGUGAUAUCAACUUAUUCCUUGUUCAUUUUAUAGUAAUUUAUACGAUUUAAAGAUAUAAAUAAACAUGGUUUUAUAAAAAUAGCUGCAUUCUUAAAUAUGUUUUAUUAAUAUUAAUUCCAUAUGUGUACGAUAUGUGCGUAUCUACAUACAUUAAUAAUUAUUUUUAUACAAGUUUUUAUAAAAAAUUAAAUUAAGAAAUAUGUACAUAUUAUAUAAUAAAAGCAUUCAGUUAGUUAUUGAGAGAUUCAAAACUACAAAAAAAAAAGUAUUUUAACAUUUAGUGAAAUUGAACAGUAUGUAUAAUUGUAUCAUAGAAUAAUUUCAAUUAUUUCAAAUAGUACAAAGCUGGAAUUUUGAACAUUAAAAAUGAGUUCAUUUAAAUUGAAUUUAUAAAUCAGGGGGAUUAUUUUCAUAUUUAUUAAAAAUUUUUACAAAAAAAUUCAUUUUUAGUUACAAAAUUAAGUAGUUUCGAAAUUUUUAAAAAUAUCUAAAAAACAUUUAAUUUAUUAUGCAACCUAAUUUCAUAUGAUCAACUAAGUAAUCAGUAGCAAUUUAAAAAGAAUUUAAUUUAAUUCAUGGAUUAAUUGCUAACAUUAACUUAAAAAACAUUAACCUUUUAGAAUUUUUUAUAAUUUUUAAAAAAGAAUUUAGUUAAAAAAUUAAUAUUUCUUAUGAAAUUAUAUUAUUAACCGAAUAUAUUGUAUGCAUAUGCUUUUCUAAUCACACAGUUACAUUUCUUGAGAGAAUCCAAUAAAUUCGUUCAUAUAUUUGUUUAAUUUUUUAUUCCAGCUUUGCUAUUGUUAUAUCAAUAAUAUUUAGAAUUAAGAGUUUCAUUAGUGCUAGAAAUAAUUCUAUAGCACUAUAUCUGGCCUUUUUAACUAUAUAUAUAUAUGCGUACACAUAUAAUCAUAAUUAAAAAUUUAUUAAUACAUAUUAUAUACAUACUUGCAUUAAAAUAUGUGUAUCUAUUAAAAAUUAUACAUAUUAUGUAAUUAUGUAAUUUUAAAUAAUUAUUCAUUUGCACCAAAAAACCCAAAUAUUUAUAGUUAAAUAAUUAUAAUAAAUAUGCAUUCUUCCAAAAAGAAAAUGAAAAUUAAUUUCUUGCACUCGUGAACUUAGUAAAAAAGAAAAAGAUAAAAACUUUAUAAGCUUUUAAUAAUUUUUGUAAUAAAUUUUAAAAUUGAACUCAAGCAUUAAUUUUCUACAAGCAAAUAAAAUAGAAGUUUUUAAAAUAUAAAAAUUUUAGAAUAAAAUCACACAAUCAAUUGUACUUUGAAACCUCUUCUGAUAAAAAUAUUUUUUUUGACAUUUAUCAUUGUAGUUAUUUAUUUACUAAAUUUGAAUUUAAUUUUUUAAUUAAAAUGUUUAAAGCCAAUCAAUUUUUAUUUGCAGAGUGCUAGUAUAUCUUUUGUAUAUGACCACAGAAAUAUGCAAAAAGUUGAUGUUAACCAAUUAUAUGAAAUUUACAUAAUGAAAAGUCUGACUGGUUAAAAAUUUUAGACACAUUAGAAAUUUUAUAAGUUUAUUAACUAUUAAUUAAUUCUUUUGCUAUGUAUAUAUAGUUAACAAAAAAAAGUUACCUGUGAUCCUUACAGCAAAUUAAUUGCAAUCAACGGAAUUCAUUCGAAAACCUUCGAAAUUUUUAUAUUCAAAUUCAUCUUGUAUUCCAAAUUGAGCAUUUUUUAAUUAAGUUUCAAAUUAAAAUAAAAGAAUUAAGAUAAAAAAAGACUAAUUUAUGAUACAAAAGACGACUUGCGUAAAAGAUAAAUAAAUUAAUAAAUACCUUUUUUAUUCAGUUCAGUUCAUUGUUUGAAUUUGUGGUCAUAUAAAAGGGAUACAAAGUGUAUGUAUAUUCACAUAACUAUAAUGUAAUGUUAAAAAAGUCCACGUUACAUAAGCUUUAGUUAAAUUCUUUUAAGCUAAAAAAUAUGUAAGCCCAGAUUUUUUAUUUUUUUUUAACUUUUGUAAAAUUUUUUAAUAUUUAGAUUAUUUUUGAUUACUACCAAUAUUAUAAUAAAACUAAUAAAAUGAAAAACUA